ACUACACCUUUAACAAUCAUGAAAGAAAUAAAAGUGCAAGGAUUUGAUGAGUUUAUGAGUGCUGUAGUAUCGCCUGAUAUAAAAGACAAAAUCAUCAUAUGUUUGUUCACUGGAGAUAAAGAUGAAAAUGGGAAAAGUUGGUGCCCGGAUUGUGUAACUAGUGAACCGAUUGUUCGUAAAAGUUUGGAAUUGAUUAAAGACGAUGAUUCUUUCGUGUUUGUGUAUUGUUCAGUUGGGGGGAGGGCUUUUUGGAAGGAUAAAUCCAAUCCAUUCCGAACCAAUGACAAACUUAAGCUUAAUGGUGUACCAACAUUAAUGAAGUGGGGAUUUCCCAAUGAAAAAUUGGUGGAAGAUCAAAUAAGUGCAGAUGUAAUUCCUAUUCUUUUUGAAUAAUAUUGCUUUCAUUAUAAAUAAACAAUCAACUGUGGUCACAUUGACGUUAUUUGAACCUUCUUCUGUACAAUUACAUAGAAUAACACCAAAAUUAAGUUAAAAUCUACCAUUUAAUUGAAAUAUUCUGUUGUUCCAACUUUAUAUUAUUAUAAAUUAGCAAAAUGUUAUAUUUUUAUAUAACAACCAUUUGUUGUGAAAAUAGCACCGGACAAAGUUACGGUAGUUAAUUAAUAUUCUAUAUAUUUAAUUCAUCAAUGUAACUAUUAUUCAUUAGCCUCCCAUGUUCCCUACUUAAUGUAAAAACGUGGCAUGAUGUGACCAUCUAUAUAUAAUCGUUCUUCCAAUUCUAG